ACUGCACAUGUCAACAACAUGCCGGAGUCCCGCAGGGAAACACACAACGAAAACGGAAGACCACAGCGACAAAACACGCCAGCCCACAACGUCGCGUCUACUUUAUCUCAGUGGGCAGAUGAUCAUUUAACUCUUGUGCGGAACAUCAGCACCGGGUUGGCUGUUGCUGGUGUCAUUCUCAUAGCAAGGAGUAUCAAACUGCUCACCAAAUUCCAGGCCGUGUCUGAGAUUCCCGCUGGUUUUGUGGAGAGGAAUGUCCGCCUCCGUGGGAGGGUCCAUUCCAUCACAGAGAAAGGGCUGGAAGUUGAGCACAUCCCAAUUUACCUGCCAGUCAUCUCACCUCUGCUUACCAAACAGAAAGGUGUGUGCACGUCAACCUUGCUGGUGGACCUUGCAGGUGUGGAUCUGACUGCAGACGGCUUAAUUUGGCUGCGGAGAAGCCUUCCUCCCGCUCAAACAGUCUGGUUGAAACUCAUCAGCCGCCAGGACGACAGGCUUCAUUGCUUUGUCACCCCAAGCAAGCAGGGGUCGUUAUGGGACCACUCAAUGAACGAGGAGGCGCUCAGGCUCGGCCUGGCCCGCAGGGCGUCCAUUCCUGGACUCUCAGCAGACUCUCGCCUGUACUGGCGGCUGCACAAGCGGCUUCACAGGGCAGAGGUCAAAGCUGAGAAGAAGGGGUGUGGUCUGUGGAAGGAGGCGAGCCAAUGGGAGAGAGCCUUAAAGGCUGUGAGGGACAAUGCAUUAUUUCGCGUGCUCAAGAAGCUCUUUGGGAGGAGCUGAUCUUCUGUGGGACACUCUUCAGGUGCCACAAUCAACUGUGGCAAAAGUGUUGUUUGAUCAUAUCUUAUUGAUUUGUCCAUUUAUUUACAUGAAACAACAAAUCAUUCAAUGUUACUUUUUGUGCAGUACAAUAUUUAUUUCUAACCUUAAAAUCCCCUUGCUAUGCGCCUGUCAAUGAUGCGUAUGUAUACAUUAUAUCUAUCAAUGUUUAUUUCUAACAUUAGAAUAAUCCCCUUGCUAUGCAUAUAUAUGUAUACAGUAUAUGUAUCGAUGUUUAUUUCUAACAUUAGAAUAAUCCCCUUGCUAUGAGGAUAUAUACAGUAUAUCUAUCAAUGUUUAUUUAUAACAUUAAAAUAAUCCCCUAGCUAUGUGUAUAUAUAUAUAAAGUAUAUGUAUCAAUGUUUAUUUCUAACAUUAGAAUAAUCCCUUGCUAUGCGUAUAUAUACAGUAUAUGUAUCACAUAUACAGUAUACAAUAUUUGGACUUUAUUCUUGUGAAAUCACAGCUGUUUUUUUAACUUUCAAAUUUCCUCUUCAUUUUUGUUCCUGUAGUUAGGA